UGCGCGUGCGUUCCCGGAGCUCGCGCCGGUCUGACGUCAGAAGCGCGCGCCGCUUUUGCAGUCGCGCUCCUCCGGUGGAGCCGGUGGGCAGCUGUCAUGGCGAGCUCCGCAGCCGCUUCCGUGCGACCACCAAGACCCAAGAAGGAGCCGCAGGCGCUCGUCAUCCCCAAGAGCGCGGCGGAAGAGCAGAAGCUCAAGCUGGAGCGGCUCAUGAAAAACCCGGACAAAGCUGUUCCAAUUCCAGAAAAAAUGAGUGAAUGGGCACCAAGACCUCCCCCAGAAUUUGUUCGUGAUGUAAUGGGUUCCAGUGCUGGGGCAGGCAGUGGAGAGUUCCACGUGUACAGGCAUCUUCGCCGUAGAGAGUACCAGCGGCAGGACUACAUGGACGCCAUGGCCGAGAAGCAAAAAUUAGAUGCAGAGUUCCAGAAGCGGCUGGAAAAGAAUAAGAUAGCUGCCGAGGAACAGACUGCAAAGCGCCGGCGAAAGCGCCAAAAAUUAAAAGAGAAGAAAUUACUGGCAAAGAAGAUGAAACUUGACCAGAAGAAACAAGUGGAAGGACCUGGCCCGUCCCAGGAGCAGCGGGCCAGCAGCUCUGAGGAGGCGUCUGGAACCGACCAGGAGGAGGAGGAAGAGGAGGAGCCCAGCUUCAUCAUGGGUCGAUGAAGUGCUUACAUGGCAGCUGUCAAGAGCCUGGCUGAUUGUGCGACCCGGGCCUGGGGCAUUCGGAGCUGGGAGUGGGAGUCGGAGCCCGCACACUGACGCUGAGGCCCCACCCGCUGGAAGGGAGCGCGCCUCCCCUCCCCUCACGCCAUCCUCUCCUAUCGGAGCUGGCUUCUGUGCAGGGAUGUUUACUUAGUAAAGAACAAAAAGCCUUUAGGUUUUGUUCAGACAUGUGAAAACAUUAAUUAGCACAGCCAUCAGGAGGCCUGCAGUGACACGGUAGAGGCGGCCUCAACAUCGGACAGGUCCAGCUCCCACACCUCCCAGGCACACCAUGGGACUACAUGGGGCUGCGUAGCCCGCACCACAGGUGCCUAACUCUGUUCUCUGCAGCAGAGGGAGGCUGGCCCUGGGAAGGCAGCAGGUGGCCAGAAAAAUACAGGAAGAAGACCCAGGCUGGGCUGAGCAGGGAGAGGCCUGGGCGCCUUGCCAUGCUACAGGUGGACAUUGGCGAAGAUGCCCUUUCAUCCUGCAUCCAAGGGGAUGAACAGGAGCGUACCAGAACCAGGCAGCCCGCACAGGGUGUGGAGACUGUGACAGACCUCAUUAGAGCCCUUGUUCUGUGUUUAGGUGACCUCCAACUACUACUAUCUCCGUGUGGGCCCUUUUUUCCUAUGCCCCAGCACUAGUACAGGGGAGUGUCGUUGUGAUCAUUCCAUCACUCCGUCACCUCCCCCUCCCGCCACGUAUCCUUUGCUUUUCAUGGACUCGGGUAGUGUUGGUUUGGAGUGAGGGAGAUCCGAGAGUGUGGGUCUUUCUUUCCUUCUGCCUUGUAGCUCCCUGGCCCCACUCUGAGUGCGUGACACCUUCUGUUAUCUCUGCUCCUGUGCCUUCCCAGGAGGCUGAAAUCUAUCACCCCCAUUGGUACUGCCUGGCACAUCUGGACACCUCUGUCUCCCAUCUGGUGUCUGGUUCCUCUGUGUGCAGUGAGUGGGCAGUGGGAGCCGUUCUGGCAUCAGUGCCACGUGCUGCAUGGCUCCCCUCUGCCUUCAGGGUGUUACUUGUUUGUGUUACAUGGUGUCAUUGAGAAGGCAGGGUGACCGUGCACCACAGGCCACAACUCGGGAUCAUGCGGUAACAUCCCAGGCAGCACGUGGCUAAGGGAAGUCUGGAACCAAGCCACAGGGUGUAUAUAGUGUAAUUUCAGGCUCGGAACCUCAGUCUACAGCUGUACCACCCUGAGUGCACCAGCUCUCAUCUGACCGUGGAAAGGUUGAGCUCCAAGGUAGGACUUCAUUCCCUCCCUCCCUCCCUCCUUCCCUCCUUCCCUCUCUCCCUGGACACUGCUGUGGCAGCCCUGGUCAGGCCUCCAGUUGGGUUUACUGAACAUGAUUUGUUUCCCAGCUACGUGACUAGAUUCCAUCUGCAGUUAUGCUGUCCUGGGCAGAGGCUGUGGCUCGUAGUCCCUCUACUUGAGCUCCCAGGGUGCCAGCACAUGGGUGGGAUGAUGGCGUGCUGUGGGUCUAAGGCAGUUCUAAGGGCAGCUGCUGGACUCAUGGACUCUGUGAGUGUGUUCAUUAAAGCUGA